AUGGUGCCCGCAAAGGUAUCGACUUUCUUGUGGCAAUUGCAACUGGACCGAGUGGCAACUAAGGCUGGCCUUUUGUCACGAGGUUUCAGCCUUCCAGAUGAGGGGGUUUGUGGGUUGUGUGUGGCAGAAUUAGAGUCCUCAUCUCAUCUUUUUCUGUACUGCAAGGUGAUAUGGCAAAUGUGGUGUGAAGUCAUAAAGAGAGAAGGCAAUUGCUGGGUCAUGCCUCAAUCAGUAAAGGACCUUUUGCUGUUGUGGCCAGAGCUGAAGGUUAAGUCUGAUGGGGUCUUGUGGGAUAUGACUCCCUUUGCGUUGUGCUGGUCGGUGUGGGUGAAGCGCAAUGAUAUGGUGUUUAAUGAUAAGGGAUUUAGUGCUGAAGCUGUUUGGGAUAUGCAUAUUGCUCGUAUCACAGGAUGGGUGAAAGCUUGGUGGCAUCAUUGUCCUUACAGUGCAAGUCAAUUUGUCAUGGGAAUCCAGCAUAUUUCGAUGCCUAAAAAUAAGAAGGGUAAAAGUAUUGCAGAUGGGGAUUUAGCAUGGUUCAUUGGAAUGGUCGAUGACAGCUCCAUAUGGAGGAUAUAA